AUGUGGUUCAAAAUUGAGCUGAUGAACUCUUUUUUGGAACAGUGGGGUCUUUUGGUUCCCACUGUUGGAGUUAUGAUUUUCGCAUGGCUGUUGGGGGGUGGACUUCGAAAAUGGUGCCGCAUGGAGUGGAAAUUUUUGGAAAGUGCCGCUAAGUUACCCGGACCUCCAGCUCUUCCGUUGAUAGGAAACGCACUCGUCUUUGCAUGCCAUGGCAACGAGUUGUUGAACAGGUUAAUCAAAGUCUGUCAACCUUACGAUAACCCUUUUCGUCUUUGGAUGGGACCAAAACUGUUCAUUGGUAUACAAAAUCCUCGAGACAUUGAAGUGAUUCUCAACAGCAACGUGGCAUCUUACAAACCGUAUGAAUACCGAUUUCUGGAGUCUUAUUUGGGUCACGGGUUGGUCACUCAAUCUGGUUCCAUUCACAGAGCGCAUCGUAAAACGAUCCUGCCCAUGGUAAAUGGCAAGCCGUUGAACACGUUCAUCGAGUGUUUCGACCGCCAUAGUCGACGAUGUGUCGAGUGCUUGGAGAGCAAAGUCGACAAAGGAGAGUUCGACGUGAUGCACUACAUGGACGAUUGCACUUUGGACAUGGUUUUGGAAACCAUUAUGGGAACUGCUGGUACUGCUCAGCGCGAUGGCUAUAAGGGCUUGAUUCACUGUUCCACAAGAGCCAUUACGCUGGCUCAUGAGAGGUCGAUGAAGGUCUGGCUAUAUCCUGACUGGGUCUACGCUUGCACGGAAUCUGGUCGGCAAUUCGCCAGUGCGAUGAGCGUCUUGCGGAAAUUCGCGGGAGAUCUCGUUGCCCAAAAGAAGAAGGAAUAUUACGCGCUGAAUGAAAGUUCUGACUGUUUCAAGAGCUCGCAGACAGCGGUUCUAGACCGACUGGUUAGUCACAACGAACAAACAAAGCCAACCCUCAACAGCAUUCAGCUUAGAGAGGCGAUAUCGAAUAUCUGGAUACCGGCUCAAGAUCCAACAGCUCUCACGAGUUCGUUUCUUUUUCUGAUGUUAGGAAUGCAUCCGGAUGUUCAGGAGAAGGUGAGGGCUGAGGUGAGUCAAAUUAUCGGAGAGGAGGAUAUCACGAUGGAAAAAAUCUCAAGGUUAAAGUACUUGGAAAUGGUGAUGAAGGAAACUAUCCGUCUGUUCCCUGUUGGGCCGGUAAUAUUGCGCAAACUUACAGCAGACUUGGACUUUGAAACAUGCUCCGCCCCGGAGGGAUGCACCGUCGCUUUGAUAAUCUACGAGACUCAUCGUAAUCCGAAGUACUGGACGGAUCCGGAAAAGUUCAAUCCUGAGAGAUUUACGCCCGAGAAUUCACUCCACAGACAUCCCUACGCCUAUGUUCCAUUCAGUGGAGGCAUUCGAGGCUGCAUCGGUCGACAAUACGCCACCAUCGUGAUAAAAACGUUGGUCGCUAGAAUCGUUCAAAAAUACCGAAUUAGUUGCAAAGGAUCUUUGAAAACGCUACGACUAAAGGCUGGCGUGUCCAUUCGCUCUGUAGAUGGGUACAACAUCUCAAUCACGAGAGCUACGACGCUUGUUUCAAUGCUAGAUUACCUGCUUGAUUCGUUGCUGGGUUCCAAGCGGGCUGUUUUGCUGGCCGCCGUGCUGGCUGCUGUGUCAUGUUGGCUUCACACACGUCAUGUGCGGCGGGCUUUAGAGCUCGUCGACAUGGUCUUUAAGCUCGCUGAAGAUGAAGCCAACGAAGAUUCGACAGCGGAAUUCCAUGGACAUUCCCGUACGGGUGAAAUGAUGGUAGUGUCGCUGGCCCUGAGUUAUGCCGGGAUAUAUUGGCAAAACUCCCAGUGUAUUGUGAAGUAUUGUGACGGGAUGAUGUGGUUUAGAUUGGACCUGAUGGACUCGCUAUCAGGGUUGUGGGGUACUUUGAUACUACUAAUUGGACUUUUGGCUGCCAUAUGGAUACUAGCGGAUGGACUACGAGAGUGGUGUCACAGAGAAUGGCAGUUCUUAAAAAGUGCCUCGCGAAUGAAAGGACCUCGGGCUCUUCCGAUAAUAGGAAACGCAUUGUUCUUUGCCGGGGACCCUGACGAAUUAAUGAACCGGGUAAUGGAAUACAGUCAACCGUACGACAAACCCUUUCGCGUCUGGAUGGGACCGAAGCUUUUCGUGGUGAUAAAGAAUCCUCGAGAUUUCGAAGUAGUCUUGAACAGCAGCGUUGCGUCGCACAAGCCGUACGAGUAUCGUUUUCUGGCGUCUUACUUGGGUCACGGCCUGGUUACAGAUUCUGGUGCCACGCACAGAGCCCAACGCAAGGUGAUCAUGCCCAUGGUUAGCGGGAAGGAGUUGAACAAGUAUAUUGAGUGCUUUGACCGGCAGAGCCGCCGUUGCGUCGGGUGUCUGGAGGAUAAGGUCGGCAAGGGGGAGUUCGACAUAAUACACUACAUGGACGACUGCACCUUGGACAUGAUCUUGGAAACCGUGAUGGGAACUCCUGGUACUGCUCAAAAUGAUGGGUACAAGGGCCUUAUAGAAUGCUGCUCAAGAGCGAUUGCUCUAGCUCACGACAGAACCCUGAAGAUCUGGCUGCAUCCGGACUGGAUUUAUGCUUGCACCAUCCCCGGGCGACAAUUCGCUAGCUCGAUAAGCGUACUGCGAAAGUUUGCAGAAACUCUUGUCAACCAAAAGAAGGACGAGUAUUAUGCUUCGAAGAAAACCUCCGACGGUUCGGAUAGACAGCCAACGGCUGUUUUGGACCGGCUUAUAGCUCAUAAUGAAGAGACAGAAGCAAUGGAUGACAUUCGGUUGAGAGACGCGAUAUCGAACAUUUGGAUGCCGGCACAGGAUCCGACUGCACUAACUUGCUCGUUCUUGUUCAUGAUGCUGGGAAUGCACCCAGACAUUCAGGACAAGGUACGGAAGGAAGUGAACGAGGUUAUUGGAGAUGAAGACGUGACCAUGGAGAAUCUCUCGAAACUGAGGUACUUGGAAUUGGUGAUCAAGGAAACCAUCCGUUUGUUUCCGGUGGGACCGAUGACUUUGCGCGAGCUGACAGCAGAUCUUGAAUUUGAAACAUGCACCGCUCCGAAGGGCUGCACCCUUGCGCUAAUGGUGUUUGAAACUCACCGUGAUCCGAAGUACUGGACAGAGCCGGAGAAGUUCAAUCCCGAUAGAUUCACGCCAGAGAAUUCGAUCGACAGGCAUCCAUACGCCUACGUGCCGUUCAGCAGUGGCAUCAGGAGUUGCAUCGGAAGGCACUACGCCAUGGUUCUGAUAAAAACGCUCGUUACUAGAGUCGUUCAAAAGUACAGAAUCGCCUGCAGUGGAUCCCUCCAAACACUGCGCCUGAAGUUUGGCGUUUCUGUACGUGCUGUUGACGGCUACAGAGUGUCUAUCACGAGAUUGUAAUUUCACCCAUUCUUCUC